AUGGCAAUUGGGUUCAUGGAGGUGCAGCUUCUGAAAGCAAAGGGGUUGUGUGACACUGAUAUCUUUGGUCGCAUGGACCCCUAUGCUGUGAUACAAUACAACGGUGAAGAGCAAAGGAGUAGUGUUGCUAAGGGACAAGGCAGAAAUCCUGCAUGGAAUGAGAAAUUUGUGUUCAAGGUUCAAUAUCCUACCCAAUCUAAAUCUUACAAGAUCUUCUUGAGAAUCAUGGACAAGGACUUUUUAUCUGCAGAUGACUUCGUUGGUCAAGCCAUAGUUUACGUGGAAGAUGUAUUAGCCAUAGGGGUAGAGAAAGGUGCAGCUGAGCUAAAACCUACCAAGUUUAGAGUAAUUCGUGCAGACCAAUCUUAUUGUGGAGAAAUUGACGUUGGUGUAUCUUUUAAGAUUAAAAAACAAUUUUAUAAUCAAUUAAGCCGUCUUAGCUCAGUGGUAGAGCGCGUGGCUUUUAACCACGUGGUCGUGGGUUCGAUCCCCACAGACGGCGAAUAA